UGAUUUUGGAAAUAGUUGUGGGUGUCCAUAUCAGUGAUGAAAUUUUUCUAGUAAAAAUGUAUCGCUACUUCUAUAACUGAUCGUCAAUACUACAUCGAACAAAUAGCCUUGUGAUCGCCAGUGUGAUCCAUCGACUAAUCCAUAUUGGAGAUAGGCCUACCGUCUUCUAUUUGCGCUUUGCAUCUGAAAACGAAAAUUCCCCAUUGCCAUGAUCACUCAAGCGAAUGCUUUAUGGAGAGUAUUCGACUACUGGCGUGAAAACGGCUGCGCGAUUCACCGAGGGCCGCGGAGAUAGAAUGAAACGAACGCUUUCGGAGAGACUGGAUGUUGGAGACUUCGUCAGAAUAUGCCAUACAAGACAGCAUAUCAACGAUUCACCAUUACAUGACAUGGAUAAACAUCCGUGGCUCAUAAUCAAUCAACCAAACGCGCACCUGUUCGGGAAGAAUCGUGGAGUGUUGCUGUCGGUCUGAGCAAUGGCCGCUCCAAGAAGAAUUCAUCUCACCGCUCUCUCAAGCAAUGCAUGCUUUCCUCUUCCCACCAUCCCCAAUGCUGGUGACCAGCCUGUCAAACAGGGUUUACCUGCACCGACGCCUGCGGCUGGAUCGCCCCCACCUCCGCAUCCUGCGACAAGAGUGGAAUUAAAACUCUUCGAGUCGGAUGAACAACGCUGCCCGGAGUUUAGCUACCUGGAUUUGAUCAGCUCGAAAGAAACCACUGAGAAAAAGAAACCACAGACAUUAGAGGAGUUGGUUGAGGACAAGGAGAGAGAAGAACUGGAGGCGCUUGCAAAAAAGUUUGAUGCAAAAUACGGUGGAGGUGGCAAAAGAAAAAAAGACAGGUUACAGGAUCUGGUGGAUAUGGGCUUUGGUUACGAUGAAUCGGAUUCAUUCAUUGAUAACUCUGAGGCUUAUGAUGAGCUUGUCCCAGCUUGUCUCACCACCAGAUACGGAGGCUUCUACAUCAACUCUGGAACUCUGCAGUUCCGCCCAGCCUCUGAGAACGAGAAUGAUUUUGAGGACAGCGGUUUUAAACCUAAGAAGCGAAAGCUUAAGCAAGGAAAAGACAAGAAGAUUGGGAAGAAAAAGAAAGAGGAACACAUGCUUACUAAGGACGAAGCCAGAAAAAGCACCCCACCAGACAAAUCAUCUGCGAAGAAGAAGAAAAAUAAGAAGCCACUAAGUAUCGAUAAGAUGCUGAAGAAGUUCCACAGGGAAAAGCUUCAGCAGCUGCAGAUGUUCAAUAAUAGAGAGAGAGAUUUGCAUGCUCUCAAUGACACUGUGCAAGCUGAGGUUCAAGAACCGCCCAUAUCAGCUGACCCUCUUCUCACACUCAUUGGUUCUGCCAGUGCAGAUGACCUCCUUCAGGCGGUCAAAGCAGCAGAGCAAGACUUUGACUUAGAUGGACUCUUAGGGGAGCCGCAGAACAUCUGCUCUCCAAGCCUGGAAGAUAACGGAGAGGCUCUGGUAGUGUCCGUCACUGAGAAACCCACAACAUUACUUCCCGAUGGUCUGCCACCUACAUUAGAGCAACACAUUAAGGAGCUUUCCCAGGCUGUUAAGAAAAUUGAAGGACAAAACAAGCUGGAGAUUUUGUCUUCAGAACUCAACAGUGUUCUACUAGAUGUGGAGGUGAACUCUAAACAGCUAAGUGGGAAAGUGCGCUCCAGAAUCUUCUCAUACUUGGCAUCACAGCUGUCCUGUAGCAAAGGCACUCUGGUUAAAAGAGUCAAAAAACUCCACAGUCUACAGCAGGAUGAACAGCUGCAGGAGCUGCUGAAGAAGCUGGAGAAUGCAGUUGCCAGGUCCAUGCCAGAACAGAUCACCCGUUUCCAGAAUCACUGCCAAGCUCACUCUCAAGCCAGAGCUGCCAAACUCGAAGCUGAGAAAGAGAGGGGGAUUGAUGGCUCUGAAGAAGAAGAAGAGGAGAGGGGUGGAAAACGAGUGUUUGGGCCUCGCAAGAGGUUCAGAUGGAAUGAAGAGAUCAGGGAGUUACUCUUUGAGAUUGUCAAUUUGAAGAUGAUUAUUUAUGAUUCGGAGUCGCCCACAUGCUCUAGUUUGGAAGAAUAUCUGAAAGUGUUCCUAGAGGCUGAUGUUAAACCACUUUGGCCUAAAGGAUGGAUGCAAUCCAGGAUUCUGCUUAUAGAAACCCGAAAAGCACAUGGCCACAUCACAGGUGUUGUGGCAAGAAAGAAGCCAAUAGGUACAACAAAACUAAAAAAGGUACAUCAGAAAAAACUGCAAACCCCAGCCGUAGAGUACACCGCUGCAUGUCGCAUUCUUUAGGAAAAUAUAGGUGGAAGUCUGGUCCUAAACCUUGCUUUUUCAAAUGUUGAAUGCACAGGUCAGUACUGCCCUUGAGCACCCAGAAAUUCAGGGCCCACCAGCACUGAAACGCAAACGCCUGAGUGUACCUGUGAGCAUGCAACCUGAAGCCACGCUGAGCACCACUGCCAAAACGCCAUCAAACACACAAACAUCUGCCACCUUCUCCACCCAUCCAUCUAAUCAGAACCACAAGGAAGGUGAUAAAACUGAGAACCAUCAGACCAGCACUCAGAGAAGUCCAGUGAUCGCAGAGGGAGCUGGGUCGGUCCAGAUGAUGUGGACCAGGUCUGUUAUGGAUUCCGAUUCAAAGCGGCCCCAGACUGGAGAGAGGGUGACUCCAAAACUGACGCUGGUGGCGCCGCCAGAUGGUGCUGAGGGGGACUGUCCAUCCAUGGUGCAGGGAGUGGCCAGGCUGCUCACUACCACCUCAGUGGGUGAUGCACCAGUUUCAAUGGCAGCAGCAGCUGGUGAGAUCUCCUGUGGGAACCCAGCGCUUCCCACUCCUUCUCUAUCGCUCCUUCCAUCCUCUUACCCCACCACAGUACAGCCGGGUGUUUUACCGAGCUUUGCCCCCCUGCAUGCUCUCCCGUUCCCUGGGCUCAGCUCUGGCACCAAUCUCCCUGGACAGCCUCAGGCCUGCAAUGGAGCUGUUUUUCCUGGCCAAGCAACGGGAACUUUUCAGCAUGGUCUCGCACACGGUGAGCAGAUAUUGAUCCUGAAAAUAACCAUAGAACUUGGUAACUCCAUGCUGUGCUCUAGCACGCUUCAUCUUCUGUCUGUCCCUGUUUCUUCUCCUGCUCCUCUUCAUUCUUUAACACCAUGGCUCUUUGGUUUAGAUGGAAGCCAGAUCCACACAGAUGGUCUAAACGCUCGGAGAAAACUACAUUAAUGGCCAUUAGAAUGAAAUGAAUGAUGGCUGUUACCUAAAGCAAAAUUAAGAUUAUGAAGACGGAGCUGAUAUAACUGAACAUGGAUUUGAAUUCUAAUUUAAAAAGCAGAUUAGGAGACAUUUUGUUUGUAUAUUUUAGAAUCAAAUCUCUUUCAAAAUGAAUGUUUGUUUGGAGAGAAAAAAACGCACUUAUUGAGAAUGGACGUGAGGACUAUAAUCAAAGUCUUUUGUUUUUCACAGUA